AAUUAGGAUUAGUGAUGGAUCAAUGCCAUUUUAAUGUGAAAAUGAGACACGGAGUAGAGAUGCCCUAAGGCCUAAGCUGACAAGCAAAUCCCAAACACCCUAAAUAGCAACUCCUUUACAUCUCCAUCCCAGUAAACCUCUGCUAAACCCUAGUGCCACGAUGAGAUUUAGCUGUCACCUCUCAAGCUAACUACAAAUUGGAGCGUUAUCGACGCCAAUUUCUAACACUUCAUUUCUCAAUCUAUGCUUGAUAUAGGAUCCCAAAUAAAGAGGAAUGUCAAUAAUUACACAAUCCAAACGAAUUUCCUCCAAAGUAUUGAAUUUGAAGAGCAACAAGAAUAUUCAUUUUCCACAUCAUCAUCAACUCCACCUGAAACUGCAGCAGCAGCCACCACAGGUGGUGGUGGACAAGGACAACCAUGGAGUUUUCUCAAGUUUUCUUUGGUUGCAGCGGUUACUGGAGGUGUUGCCACUGCUGGUUAUGCCACCUAUGCAUAUAGUUUAGAAGAAGUUUAUGAGAAGACAAAGGGUUUGCGUACAAUGGAAAAAGUUUCUAUAGGUGAUGAUUUGUCUUCAUUUCAGAAAUUUCAAACCAUGCUAAAAUCAACUGCAAUGACAGUUCCUGCUAAAUUAGUUGAGCUUUAUUUGGAGAUGCGUGAAUCUACAGAAGAACAUGUUCGAGGUUUUACAGAACCCUUAUCAGAGAAGCUCCUUCCAGAUUUGCAUCCACAAGAGCAACAUGUAUUCACAUUGGUUUUGGACCUCAAUGAAACUUUACUCUAUUCUGAUUGGAAGCGUGAGAGAGGUUGGAGAACAUUUAAAAGACCAGGAAUCGAUGACUUUUUAGAACAGCUAGCCCAAUUUUAUGAAAUUAUAAUCUAUUCCGAUCAGCAGUCCAUGUAUGUUGAUCCUGUUGUUGAUAGAUUAGAUGGAAACCACUGCAUAAGAUACAGACUAUCAAGGGCUGCAACAAGAUAUCAAGAUGGGAAGCACUAUAGAGAUUUGUCAAAACUUAAUAGAGAUCCUUCAAGAAUUUUGUAUGUGAGUGGUAAUGCUGUUGAGAGUUGCCUUCAACCAGAAAACUGUGUUCCAGUAAAACCAUGGAAAUGUGAAUCUGAUGACACUGCAUUAGUGGAUCUUAUUCCAUUUCUUGAAUAUGUUGCACGAAAUAGGCCUGGUGAUAUUCGACAUGUUCUUGCUUCAUACAAUGGAAAUGAUAUAGCUAAAGAGUUCAUUGAACGUUCUAAAGAAUAUCAGAGGAGAAUGCAGGAGCAGAAGCAACCAGGUCGACUGUGGAGACGCUGAGUAAAAUAUGGAAGUGGAUUUUAGAUUGAGAAUGAUUUUUUAUUCCCAUUUGUAACAAUAUCAUUCAUGUAAGAAUAAAACGACUUUUAUGUUUUGAGACAAAAUUGCAAAAAUGGUCCCUGUGGUUUGUUAAUUUCUGUGGGAAAGGUCCAAAAAAAAGUUUAUUAGCAAAAAAGGUCCC